AUGCCCACAGAACUCGAAGAACUCGUCGAGUUCCUCCAUCAUGGAAACACUGAAAUCCGACAGAUCGCUGCCGAGAAUCUGGUGGGAUACUCAACGGCUCAACCCUCUCUCUUCAAAUACAAUGACUCGGAACCCGUCAGAGACCUCAAACUCCUCAUCAAAGACUACCCACCCAUCGCCAAAAACGCCCUCACAAUCCUCAUCAACAUAUCCGAAGACACCGCCGUGGUAGAAGCCCUCAUAUCCGACGAUGCCUUCAUGGAAGCUCUCCUCAAACGAAUAUCGGACGCCAAAGAACCCCAUGCCGAUCUCCAAUGCAUGCUCCUGGCCAACCUCUCCAAGUCGGACAAGAUCCCCUCCCUCCUCACUCUUUCUCGCCCGAUCCCGAAACCUUUGUCCACUUCCCCUUUGGCAAUCGACCAACUCCUCGACUGCUUUGUCAAAGGCGCGAGUAACUCCUACAACCCCAACGCCACAUACGACUACCUCUCCUACCUCUUUGCCGAUAUGGCCAAGCAUGAGUCUGGACGGAAACACUUCCUCACGCCACGGCCGGAAUCAGGGGCAGCUCAGACAACUUCAACCUCAACAUCCACUACAACGUCUGAAUCCUCCGAACAAGUCCUUCCCCUCUCCAAACUAACCGUCUUCACGACCCACCCCACCUCCCCCAUCCGCCGGCGCGGUGUCGCCUCCACCAUCAAAAACAUCUGCUUCGACAUCCCUUCCCAUCCAACCCUCCUCUCACCCUCCGAAGAAGGCGGUCUAGACCUCCUGCCCUACAUCCUGCUCCCUCUCAUGGGUUCAGAAGAAUACUCCGACGAAGACACCGAUGCGCUACCAGAAGCGUGCCAACUCCUGCCUCCCGAUAAAGAACGCGAGGGACAGAAUGAUAUUAUCGUUAUUCAUCUCGAGACGUUACUACUGCUGACGACGACAGCGGAGGGGAGGAAGGAGCUGAGGGGAAAAGGAGUGUAUGCUGUGAUUCGAGCGCUGCAUGAGCAGGUUGAGGAGGAAGGGGUGAGGGAGGGGUGUGAUCGGUUAGUGCAGGUGCUGAUGAGAGGUGAGGAGGGCGAUGAAGGGUAUGAGGCGCCGACGAUGCCGAGUGGGAUGAAGGCGUUGGAGGAAGCGAAGAAAGUGACGGAGGUGGAGGAAGAUCAGGAGGAGCAGAUUGUGGACGUUCUGUGAACAGGUAGAGCUGAGGAUGUACUGAUUAGAGCUCUGUUAGGAGGCCCUGAAUAGUGGUGAAACGUU